UUGACUUGCAACAUCGAAAACCGCCAAAGGUCUCCUACACCACCUCCGCUCUCCACUCCACGGCUACCGCCAUCAUGAGCUUCGCCAGGAUGCGUCGCAUGCAGUUCGCCAGCCAGCUCUCGAAGAGCAUCCGCACACCAUCGCGAGCUUUCUCAUCGACACGGCCCGCUGCCCGUAUCUUUGCUACCGAGAACCUGAAGGCAAAGGAGGCCUCAGGAUUCAUCUCCAGCAAGUACCCCGUUAUCGAUCACGAGUACGAUGCCAUCGUCGUUGGUGCUGGAGGAGCUGGUCUGCGAGCGGCCUUCGGUCUCGCUGAGGCUGGCUUCAACACCGCCUGUAUCUCCAAGCUCUUCCCUACCCGUUCGCACACUGUAGCCGCGCAAGGUGGUAUCAAUGCCGCGCUCGGAAACAUGCACGAGGACGACUGGAGAUGGCACAUGUACGAUACCGUCAAGGGUUCAGAUUGGCUCGGUGACCAGGAUGCCAUUCACUACAUGACAAGAGAGGCGCCUCAGUCCGUUAUUGAGCUCGAGAACUACGGUUGCCCCUUCUCGCGAACAGAUGAGGGCAAGAUCUACCAGCGCGCUUUCGGUGGUCAGUCGCAGAAGUACGGCAAGGGUGGACAGGCCUACCGAUGCUGCGCUGCCGCUGACCGAACUGGCCACGCCCUUCUCCACACUCUGUACGGACAGUCCCUGCGCCACAACACCAAGUACUUCAUUGAGUUCUUCGCUACCGAUCUGAUCAUGGAGGACGGCGUCUGCAAGGGUGUCGUUGCAUACAACCAGGAGGACGGCACAAUCCACAGGUUCAUUGCGAAGAACACCGUUCUGGCUACCGGAGGUUACGGACGUGCCUACUUCUCCUGCACAUCUGCCCACACAUGUACCGGUGACGGCAUGGCCAUGGUCGCCCGUGCCGGUCUGCCCAACCAGGAUCUUGAAUUCGUCCAGUUCCACCCUACUGGUAUCUACGGUGCUGGUUGCUUGAUUACCGAGGGUUCUCGUGGUGAGGGAGGUUAUCUCCUGAACUCUGAGGGUGAGCGAUUCAUGGAGCGUUACGCACCCACCGCCAAGGAUCUUGCCUCCCGUGACGUCGUCUCCCGUUCGAUGACCCUUGAGAUCCGCGAGGGCCGUGGUGUUGGACCUGAGAAGGACCACAUCUACCUCCAGCUCAGCCACUUGCCUCCUGAGAUUCUUCACGAGCGUCUGCCCGGUAUCUCUGAGACUGCCGCUAUUUUCGCUGGUGUCGAUGUUACCAAGCAGCCCAUCCCCGUUCUGCCCACCGUCCACUACAACAUGGGUGGUAUCCCUACCAAGUACACCGGUGAGGUCAUCACACAGGACGCUCAGGGUAACGACCAGGUCGUUCCCGGUCUGUUUGCCUGCGGUGAGGCCGCCUCCGUCUCCGUCCACGGUGCUAACCGUCUUGGUGCCAACUCCCUUCUGGAUCUUAUCGUCUUCGGCCGCGCUGUUUCGCACACCAUCCGUGACAACUUCAGCCCCGGCCAGAAGGCUGACCCCGUUUCCGCCGACGCUGGUGCCGACUCCAUCUCCGUCAUCGACAAGGUUCGCACCGCCGACGGUUCCAAGUCGACCGCCGAGAUCCGUCUUGCCAUGCAAAAGGUCAUGCAGACUGACGUCGCUGUCUUCCGUACACAGGAGUCGCUCGAUGAGGGUGUCAAGAAGAUCCAUGAGGUCGACGCCACAUUCGCCGAUGUUGGUAUCAAGGACCGCAGCAUGAUCUGGAACUCCGACCUUGUGGAGACCCUUGAGCUGAGGAACUUGCUCACUUGCGCCGUCCAGACCGCCGAAUCCGCCGCCAACCGCAAGGAGUCGAGAGGAGCACACGCCCGCGAGGACUUCCCCGACCGUGAUGAUGAGAACUGGAUGAAGCACACUCUGUCGUGGCAGAAGCAGCCCCACGGCAAGACCGAGCUCGGCUACAGGAAGGUCGUUGGUACGACAUUGGACGAGAACGAGUGCAAGGCUGUACCGCCGUUCAAGCGUACCUACUAGACGUGUUUGCUGAGUGAAGGGUAAGGGAAAAGAUGGAGUUUGUCCUGUAUUCUAUGUAUAUUGGAUGGUUGAUUGGCAAUGCAUGUUAGAGAUCUCGCACUUUAGUUCCCCUUCGAACAUAUCAAUGCAAACGAAAC